GAAGCUGGUGAUUUUCCACUCAAACUGAUAUUAAACGCGCACCAGCACGUAGAAACAAUGGACCCACAGACAAAUUAAAUUGUUUCACUCAGCGUUAAACGUAGGCGACACAACAAGGAACAACAGGCUGCUUGGCAAAACAAGGACAGCAUGGCACAAAAAGAGAAGCUCCAAUGCCUGAAGGACUUCCACAAGGACACCUUGAAACCUUCGCCAGGGAAGAGCCCAGGUACACGGCCCGAGGACGAGGCUGAGGGCAAGGCUCCUCAGAGGGAGAAGUGGGCCAGCAAGCUUGACUUUGUCCUGUCUGUGGCUGGAGGCUUCGUUGGAUUAGGAAACGUGUGGCGCUUUCCUUACCUUUGUUAUAAAAACGGUGGCGGUGCGUUUCUCAUCCCUUACUUCAUCUUCCUGUUCGGGGGUGGCCUGCCCGUGUUCUUCCUGGAGGUUGCACUGGGCCAGUACACCUCUGAAGGAGGAAUCACGUGCUGGGCCAAGCUCUGCCCCAUCUUCACUGGUAUUGGCUAUGCUUCUGUCGUGAUCGUAUCUCUACUGAACAUCUACUACAUCGUGAUCUUGGCCUGGGGACUCUAUUACCUGUUUCAGUGCUUUCAGCCGGAGCUCCCCUGGGCAAAAUGCAAGCAGCCCUGGAACACAGAAUUCUGUGUAGAAGACACAGUCCGCAAGAACAAGACCCUAUGGCUAGCAGCCAACAUUACCAACUUUACCUCCCCUGUCACUGAGUUCUGGGAACGCAAUGUCCUGAGCAUCUCCUCUGGGAUCGAGGACAUAGGUCCGCUGAAGUGGGACCUGGCCCUGUGUCUCUUAGCAGUGUGGAUUAUCUGCUUCUUCUGCAUCUGGAAGGGAGUCAAGUCCACUGGGAAAGUGGUGUAUAUAACAGCAACUUUUCCAUUUGUGAUGCUGAUUGUGCUGUUGGUGCGCGGAGUGACCCUGCCUGGGGCAUCUGAAGGGAUCAAAUUUUACCUUUACCCUAACCUGACCCGCUUACAAGAUCCAGAGGUGUGGAUUGAUGCAGGAACCCAGAUUUUCUUCUCCUAUGCCAUUUGUCUGGGAGCCAUGACAUCACUGGGGAGCUACAACAAAUACAAAUACAACUGCUACAGGGACUGUUUGCUGCUGGGAGGCCUCAACAGCGGUACCAGUUUUGUGUCUGGCUUCGCAAUAUUUUCCGUCCUGGGCUUCAUGGCACAAGAACAAGGGGUGGACAUUGCCGAUGUGGCAGAGUCAGGUCCCGGCUUGGCCUUCAUUGCCUACCCUAAAGCUGUGUCUAUGAUGCCGCUGCCAACCCUCUGGGCCAUCCUCUUCUUCAUCAUGCUGCUGCUUCUUGGCCUCGACAGCCAGUUUGUUGAAGUGGAGGGACAAAUCACCUCUAUUGUGGAUCUGUAUCCGUCCGUUCUCAGGAAGGGUUACCGACGAGAGAUCUUUAUAGCUGUGAUGUGUCUCAUGAGCUAUCUCCUGGGACUCACCAUGGUAACGAAAGGUGGCAUGUACGUGUUUCAGCUCUUUGACUACUAUGCAGCCAGUGGUGUGUGCCUUUUGUGGGUUGCAUUCUUUGAAUGCAUUGCUGUAGCCUGGGUGUAUGGAGUUGAUAAUUUCUAUGAUGGACUUGAGGAUAUGAUAGGCUACAGACCAAACCCAUGGAUGAAAUGGAGCUGGACCAUAAUCACUCCUGUCCUCUGCAUGGGCUGCUUUGUCUUCUCCCUGGUGAAGUACAAGCCCUUGACUUAUAACAAAGUGUAUGAGUACCCUGACUGGGCCAUCGGCCUGGGCUGGCUUUUGGCCCUGUCCUCCAUGAUCUGCAUUCCCAUGGUGAUGGUCAUCAAGAUCUUACAGUCUGAGGGACCCCUGAUUGAGAGAAUCAAGGCCGUGGCAGCCCCGGCGAAGUCAGGCGUAAGCUCUCGCCCGAAAGAGUACAACUUAAAGGGCAGCGAGCUGACACAGCCCCUGGACCCAAACGGGAACAAUGGCUUGAUCAAGCCCACCCACACCAUUGUAGAAACAAUGAUGUGAGCGCUCUCUGUGAGAGGAAUAAGAUUGAUGUGCUUUCUGUGUUAUUAUCAUAUUUGCUAACAUUGAUAAUGGUAGGUUUAUAUUGUCCAAUAUAUUCACGUUAGAGAUACUCUGGCUUGAUUUCUAUGAAGAAAAUUAUAUAUUAUUGUUGUAAUUUUUUUUACUAUAUCGAUAUUGUAAAUGUUACAGUUGUUUGCUGUAGUUGGCACUGAUCUCAGUUUAGGCAGUAUUUUGAGAUAGAACAUUUUCAGUGUUUACUACCUGUCUGUUGAUUCCAGAGAGAUGAGGAAUAUGCUUUUUGGUGUAAUAGAAGAAAAGAUUAAAUUCUCACUCCACAUAAAUUUAGUAAACUAAAUGAGUAAUCAACCAUGUAAAAGGUAGAAAAUGUCUAAACACCCACAAGUAAUUGUUGCCCAAACUAAUUUCUAAUCUCUUGUUGUUAGUGUUGUUGUUGAUCCCUGCAGUGAAAAUGAAUGUACAUCCGCUAGUGGCGGAAGCGAGCCACCCACAUCUCCAUAACAUGUCAAGUGGCAAUAUGCAGUGUAUAGAGUUAAUCUAGCUUAACAUCCUUUUAAGAUAAUUUGAUCAAGGCCUUGGCCAAAUACUGUGAGAAAUGCGUUCAUAAAAAGACCCAUCCUCAAAAACAGUUGAGACAAAAAUAAUAAAAGAGAAAAACAGCUAAGGAAGAGGAAGUAAGGAGAAAAGGGAAGUGGCAUUUUUGGAGUAUUUGUACACUGCCUGUGUGACUACUAUAGUCAGUCCCAGUGCAUUUAUCAAAACCUCUCUUUGCACUUUAUAUGUCGUUUCACCUUUAUUGUAGUAUUUGUUUUUAUUGUUGCAAGGUAUUGGUUACAUUUGCAACACAUUUCAGGAGGAAAUAUUUUUAGCUUCUAACGUUUUGAUAUUGUACAUUUUGAUAUACAGUAUCUAGUUGUCUCCUUGCUAAGACAAUGACAAAAUAGAGUAGACAUCUAUUGGCAAGUAUUCUGAUUUAUAAUUAGUACUAGGAUUUUUCACAUCCUGACAGCUCUCCUCAUUGUGCUCAUUUUAGUAGCAGAUAUGCUGCGCAGAACUACCACUGGAUUCUAGUUUCUAAUGUUCAGCUUAGGCAUUUGUAUUGUAGAAUUUUAAUUGUUUGUAAAUCACACAUGCCUUUUUGUAACAAUUUUAUACUGUACAUCAUAUGAACACCAUCACUGAUUCAUUCAUGUUACUGACAGCUCAGCAAUUUGUUGUAUAAAUACUGAUUACAUUGUGAGCCCGGAUUACAUUUUUCUGUGUGAGCAGUGGCAUUCUCUGCUCAUUCAAAAUGCACCAUCAAAUUUGAAAUAAUUGUAAUGUUCCAUAAUACUACAAGUUGCACAGUUAAACACAAAAAAUCUGAAGGAAUUGUUAUCCUGAAGCACGUGCAGGAGCCACCCCAGUACCAUGCUGCUUUGUCCGUAAAAAUCCUGUGCUACUUUCAAGAAAAGUGUACCAAAGCAUUUUAUGUCUCACAGUUGUCCCCUUCCAGAUGCACAUUGCAUCAUUUCUACAUAGAUUACAAAUAAACAUAUUUUUCUUUGGAA